AUGAGAUCUUUCAAAGCAUUCUUCAAAGACUUUGAACAACUCUCCUUUGUAUUUGGCGUAGUGACUGGCGUCGUCGCCUCACCCAUUUUGCGAGCUAUUGUUUACGCUGUUGUCAGGUAAGACAUUCAUUGUUGUUCGACUCCAUCCAUCCUCACACCCAAUCAAUAAUUAAUCGCCAAUUUAUUUCCAUGACAUAACCUUCACUAAAGCCUAACCUGUUUAUUUCCAAACCAUAGGCUGUGCAUUCUUUGCAACGGAAAGAAGAUCCGCAAAGAUCGAAGCGAGCUCCGUGCAAGCACUGAAAGCCAGCCUUCUUCUGGCUCAGUGGUCAUUGAAAUGGAGCCACAGCUGCAAGAAUGUCCUGAGGCAUCGAAGGACGAUGGCGCUGACAGUCAGCCGAUAGAUCAGCCACAGGAAGACAAACAGUCAGAACUCCCUGGAGCAGACUGUGCUUUCGAGAGUAUUUCAAAGUGA